UAAAUAGGAAGUUUAAGCUGCAUAAUCGUCCAAGCCCAACAUAGAAAUUACUCCACAUCAUUCGACAUCCCUGAUGUACGCACAGUGGCCUUCUCACCUAGCCGACUGCCAGAGCGAGCAUGCUCCUGCUCAAUGGGAUACGUUCAAGAUCCCAUUAAAGCUUCUUGUACAGCCACAGCCGAUUCAGUCAUCGGGAAUCCUAGCGUUGCCCAAUGAGCUGCUUCUUCAAAUCUUGAUGCACGUUAACCCGGUUAGCCAAUUAUUCCUGGCACUCACGUGCAAGCGGCUGCUUGUUGUCUCCACGAUGACAGUCACAAUGAUCACCUCUGCGCCCAAACAUCGUUCUCAUCGUUUGGAUUGCUCUGCAAUGCUCGCAGUUCUACAUACUGUACGGCCAACGGACGCUCGGGGGCGCUCCAAGACGUCAUGGGCGCCAUGUUGCGUUUGCUAUCGAUAUCGGCCCAAGCGGAAGCCCUACUGGAAAGACGUGCAAAAGAGUUACCCGAAAGAGUGGGUUUGCGGGAUUCUGGUCGAUUACGACUCGAUUGUUCAGUCGUGGAGCAAAAAGCAUUCGUCCUCGUACCAGUGUCCAGAUUGCUGGUGUGAAGAACGUAUGAACAAGUAUGGGCAUUUGGUGAAUUAGGAGGAUUCAGGCCAGAAAGUUUUAGCCAUUACCGGAAUGUGCAUUUUUUUGAACGGUUUGACAAUGAUGGAGAUAUAAUCGACAAAAUCAUCACACAUACGCACAAAAAAGAUUCAAUUACGCUCGGCGACGAAGCCGGAAGGGCAACUAAAGCUGAUUACACGUCCAUUUCUGACUUUCCCCGAGC